AUGUCUUAUGAUUUAAAUAUACCAUGGCCAAUCAACAAUUAUGAUAAAUCACCAACUUUACAACAAUUAACUAAUCUUCGAAAUAUUAUCAUCACCAAUUAUUCAUUAGGGAUAACUCAUCAAGUAAUUAAUUUUCAAAUAUCAUUGGAAUCAGUGAAAAUACCAAUUGCCACCACCAAUAAUAAUAUUAAUCCGAUUCCUAAAGAUCAAUUAUUAAAUGAAUUAUUACCAAAAUUCCCCAAAUUAAAAUUAUUUACUCGAUUAACAUUAGUAGUUAAUGAUUCAUCAAAAUUACCUCAACUUGGUAAAUUACAAAAUCAUUUUGAUAUAAUUGCUUUACAACCAUUAAAUGAAAAAGUAUUACAAUUAUCAAUAUUAAAUUUAGAUAUUGAUUUAAUUUCAAUAAAUUUAUCAUCAAAAUUAUCAUUUUAUUUAAAAUUUAAAACUUUAAAUAAUGCUACUGAAAAAGGUAUAAAAUUUGAAAUUUGUUAUAGUCAAUUAAUAUCUGGAAAUAAUAAUAAUAGUUGUGGUGGUUAUGUGGAUGAUUCAAUUAAUGCCAAUUUAAUUAAAAAGAAUUUUUUCAAUAAUGUAUUACAAUUAAUUCGUGGUUGUAGAUCAAGAGGAAUAAUUAUAUCAAGUGGAGCUCAAAAUCCUUUACAAUUAAGAAAUUUAUCGGAUAUUUUAAUUUUAUUGAAAACUUUAAGUUCUUCACCUUUAGAUUUAUCGAAAAAUAAUUGUCAAAAAUUUAUUACUAUUAAUCCUCAAAGAGUAUUAAUUAAUGGGAAAUUAAAACAAAAAUCUUAUCGACAAACUAUUGUUGUUAAUAAUAAUAGUGAUUUGUUACAAGAUAAUAAACCACAGAAAGAAUCAACUGGUGGCAGUAGUAGUAGUAGUAGUAGUGGUGGUGGAGGGUUUAAAAAGAAAUUAGAUGAUACUUCAUCUGGACGAUUAUUGAAAAAAAGGAAAACAAAAUAA